GGUGUCUCUUCCUGUUACCCACUGUAACGAUCCUCAGAGACAACAUGGACACACGUGGAUGACAAGAGCUUAGAAAAUCACGAAUUUAACAACGAAUUAACAGCCUUCAUCAUCCUCCAGACGGGACCAUGGCGAGACCAGAAAAGCUGGGACGAGGGCCAGCAGCCUCGAAGAACGCAACGAUGGUCGCGAGCAGUAGUGAUGAAGAAGACUCUGACGUGGAGAGGAACUUCACCCUGCUCACUGAGAGAGGAGGAGGAGGAGGAGAGGAAGAGAUGAACCAAGAGGAAGAGCGCAGUGAGGCAGACGAGGAAGAGUCUGAUGAGGAGGAGGAAGAGGAGGAGGGAUCAGAAGGUGGUGAGGAAGACAGUGGAGACAGUGAAGCCUCUGAAGAAGAGGAUGAUGGUGACAAAGAUAAUGAUGAAGAGCCAGACGACGCUGAAAGCAGUGAGGCCCAAACAAGAGAAGACAUUAAGAACGAACUUUCCAGCAUGUCCUUCGAGGAGAUCAUGAAGCUGCAGAACAAAGUAGGAACUAAAGUUUACAACCAGGUGGCGUAUGGCAGCAGCAAGCCAGUAGAGAGCAGCAAGAAGAAACGUCUGAACAAGAACAGACCCAUGGAGAUUUCUGCAAAGAAGCCAGCGCCGUUCCUUCGUCAGGUCGUCCCUGUUAAAAAACCCACGCUGAGAGAUCCUCGGUUUGACGACCUGUCUGGAGAAUACAAGCCUGAGAUCUUUGAGAAGACGUAUAAAUUUAUUAACGACAUCAAGCAGCGAGAGAAAGAGAUCAUCCAGAAAAAGCUGAAGAAGACGAAGAAGAGCAACCAGAGGAAGGAGAAGCUGCAGUUCCUCCUGAAGAGGAUGGAGAACCAGGAGCGAGCGAGGAUGAGCCGCGAGCAGCAGAGAGAGAGAGAGCUGCAGUUUAAGAGGCAGCAGAGAGAACGAGCCAAUCAGGGAGCUCGGCCGUUCUUCCUCAAGAAGUCGGAGAAGAAGAAGCUGCAGCUGGCAGAGAAAUACGAAGAGCUGAAGAAGAGCGGGAAACUGGACAACUUCCUGAGCAAGAAGAGGAAGAGGAACGCCGGGAAGGACCGCAGGAAGCUCCCCAAACAGCUGCAGAAGAAGAACUAGGAUGAAGACCCGGCAGGGGGGCGGUCUGAGCUUCAGUCCUGUACUGACACGUCUCUGCCUGUAGGGGGAGCCAUUGUCUCAAAGUAAAGACCUUAUUUAGGAGCUGUGGUGCAUUCAGGGACACUGGGAAAACCCAGCAUCUGAGUAUCAAAGGAUCUUUAGAGUUUAACUUGAAGCUUCGUCCUUGAAGUGGAGGAUGUUACUAGAAUUUUCUUCUGGGACCUUUGACCUCAUCUUUCUGCCUACAUGUGAAUAAAAUCACAAACACACCGUCAGAGGAUUUCAGAGACUCGAGCUUCAGCUGAAAGAGGAAAUGAAGCCUGAUGGAUUUUAUUGGUUUAAUUUCCAUCAUAGUGAGCUGAUCCAGCAGAGGAGAGUUUGGACUCCAGCACAGAGGUUCAGAUAUUUUCAUGUGUGCUUUGAGAUGGUUGACAUUUUACUGAUUCAUCUUUUUCUGUGUAGAGUUAGUAAGCCGUCACAGCUGUGUGAAAACCUGAGCGUCAGCUCCACAUCUCUGAUUUAGGUUCAACUCUACAUUUAUUCUUCUUUACUGAAUAAAACAGUUAUAAAUGUGCUGCUGCGGGACGUCCUUUAAAGGUGAAUC